UUUUGCGAAAAGAAAAACUUUUUGCCGACUCGGCGCUUGUUGUUUUCCGGCCUUUUUCGGAGGAUAGCGGCCGCUUGCGCGCGGUGCAUGCCGGGAAGGCGCGAGGCGGGCAAGGCCGGCUUCACCAUCCGCCCGCCCGCCCGCCGCCGCCGCCGUCGUCGUCGUCGUCAUAGGCGACCUGGUUCCUCUCUCCCACUCCAGCCGACGAGCUCCAGCGGCCGGCUCGCACGCACCUUGACUCCCCGGGUUCCGCCAAGUGAAGUUGCAGCACCUCCGGCCCCGCGGAGGAGGACUUCCCCCGUCCGCCGCGUCAUGGAAGCUCUCGCGGGGCGCGUCAAGGUGUAGCAGGACGGACGAGUCGCCAUGGAGCCUGACGUCAUGCGGCUGUACUCGUCGUCCCCGCCGCCCAUGGAGGACGCCGAGGAGGACGACGACCAAGACGACUUUGGCGAUUUCGGCGCUUUCUCGACCGCGUCGGCCGGCGACGGCUUCGGCGAGCCGGACGCGCCCGGACACGCCUCCUUCGCCACCUCGCCGCCGGAGCUCCUCAACGGCCUGCCGGCCGCCGAGGAGCGAGUCGACGUUCUCGGCGCGCCGGCCGGCGGCGGCGGCGACAACGGGCGCGCCUCGGAUACGGAAACGGAGACCUCGUUAGGCCGUCCGCCGUCCACGGAGGCGCCGGAGGACUACGGCGACGUGAGCACGACCGGCUCGGCGCAGUCGCCGCCCCCCCUCCGAGAGGAGAACGCCACGCCCGCCGACCACAGCCAGCUGGACGACGACGAUGAGGAAUUUGGGGACUUUGGAGACCCGCCGCCGGCCCGUGACCGCUUUGGCGACUUGGACGGGCCCCGCCCUGACGCCGACGGGGAGGGAGGAGCGUCUUUCGCCGACGCCAGAUGGAGCGCCUUCGGAGAGGAGUCGGAGGGCGAGUCGUGGGCGGCCUUCCGCUCGGAGGCCGCCGCCCCCGCGGAGGCGCCGUGGAGUCGAGUCGAGAAGUUGUUGGAGGCGAGCUUCCCCCUCCGCGACGGGGCCCCGCCCGCCGCGGAGGGGCGGGUGGCGUCGCUCAAGACGCUGGUGGAGGCGCGCCAGGACGACGCCGGCAGCGCGCUCGGCGGCGGCGGCGUGUGGCGGCAGCUGCGAGACAUCCACGAGGCGGUGGGCCUCGGGCAUCAGUGGGGGGGCUCCUACUGCAACAAAACGCUGCUCGGCUGCCUCGGCAUCGACACGCGCAACAUCGUGAGACCGCCGCGCCGGUGCAAAACCGUUGUGUGUCCGCAGGGCAUGUUGGAGCCCACCAAAGAGCCGGCGAAGCCCGUCUCGGCGGCGGAGAUGAUCGCUUCCAUCGCACAAGCGGCGGCGGCGGCUCCGGACGGCGCCACCUGCCCCUCGGAUGUUGUCGUCGUCCAGGAGCCGCUCCCGCCCGUCCGGUUCGACUGGAGCAGCAGUGGCCUUACCAACCCUUUGGACGCCAGCGGCGGCUCCUUCCUACUAAACCUGGACUUCUUCGGUCCCGUGGACGACUCGGGCUCGUCCUGCUCGCCCGCCAUCCCAGGCGUGGACCCCGAGUUGGUGGAGCUGACGACGGCCAAGAUGGAGCCGGGCGGCGGCGGCGGCGGCGCCGCCGGCGGCCGCGUGGUGGAUGCCUUCGCCCGCCUCAUGUCCACCAUGGACAAGACCAGCACCUCCACUCGGUAAGCCU